AUGCCACAAACCAUAACAGCUGCCCAGCACAUGCGGAAGGGGCGCCAGAGGGUGCCUACUUCCAUCAACAUCCGCCCUGGCCGCUGCGCUAGCCACCCGAACCGCAACUAUGAGGCCUACCUCAGCGGCUCGACGGUCCGGACUGUUCCCUCCGAAGUUCCCAGUGUGAUUUCUUCUUCGGGGGCCUGGGAUAACGGGAUAGCCGCUGACAUCAGCAGCGACCCUCCGAGCCAGCAGCCGAAGAAGUUGGCUUUCGCUGCUGAUGUCGUAUACCCGAAAGGGUGGGCUUUUGGGUCUGUUGUGAUGGCCCUGGCGUUGAGUGUGUUUUUGGUCUCGCUCGACAUGACCAUCGUAGCCACUGCGAUCCCCAAGAUCUCUGAUGAUUUUGGGGGAAUCUCUGACAUCGUGUGGUAUGGCUCUGCCUUCUUCGCGACUGUCGGAGCUUUCCAGUCUACUUGGGGGAAGAUCUACAAGUACUUCUCCCUGAAGCUCAGCUUUCUGGUAGCGAUCACGCUGUUCGAGCUGGGCAGCUUGAUCUGCGGACUGGCGCCUCAUUCGACGGCUCUCAUCACGGGCCGGGCGAUCGCUGGCAUCGGUGCCGCGGGCAUUGGCUCCGGCGCCUACGUCAUGAUUGCUCACAGCGUCGAGCCCCAGAAGCGGCCAGUCUUCACUGGCCUGCUGGGUACGGCCUACGGGCUGGCUGCGGUCGUUGGGCCCCUGAUCGGCGGCGCGUUGGCGGAUCGCGUCAGCUGGCGAUGGUGUUUUUACCUUAACCUGCCCAUUGGCCUGCUGGCGACACUCAUCAUCAUGGCUCUGUACAAGACUCCAGCCUACGCAGAGCCGAUGAAGUCCUCUCUGAAGGAGAAGAUCCUUCAGAUGGACCUGGUAGGAACAAGCCUGGUCAUGGGCGGUAUUAUUGCCUGCGUCCUUGCCCUCCAGUACGGAGGGCAGGCCAUGUCUUGGACCUCCAAGACCGUCAUCGGGCUUCUCGUCGGCUUCACCGCAAUCUGCGCUGUGUUUGGCGUCUGGGAGUAUUUUAACGGCUCCCGAUCCAUGAUUGACGCCCGCCUGAUGCGCCUCCGAGAUGUCUGGAACGGCUCGGUGUUCAGCGCGCUGUUUGCCGGCUCGUACUUCAUUGUGGUCUACUAUCUGCCUAUCUAUUUCCAGAGUGUAGACGGCUCGAGCCCGACAGAGUCCGGAGUCCGCAACCUACCACUGAUCCUGUCUGUCACGGUGUCUACCAUUACUUCUGGGUGGCUCGUGUCCAAGACAGGAAUUGCAGCGCCCAUCAUGCUUGCCAGCGCGGCGUUUGCGACAGCCUCGGCCGGCAUGCUCUACACGCUGAGCAUCGGCACGAGCACGAUCAAGUGGGCAGGCUACCAGAUCCUCGGUGGCACGGCUUGGGGCACUGGCUUCCAGUUGCCGUUGAUCAUGGCCCAGGGGCGCGCCGGGCCAGAAGACAUUUCCUCGGUAACCUCAAUAAUUCUCUUCUUCCAGACCGUCGGCGGCGCGUUUUGGCUUUCGGCAGCCCAAUCUGCCUUCGUCAACGCACUUGUGGCCCGUCUGGCUGUCUAUGCCCCCGAUGUUGACCCACUCGUUGUUCUCAGCACGGGAGCAACCCAGAUCCGCCAUACUUUCCCCGCCGAGCAGGUGCCAGGUAUCCUGGCUUCCUACAUGGCGGGUAUCAAGACAGCCUUCGCCAUAGCCAUCGGCGCUGUUGGCUUAUCCUUUGCUAUCGGCCUGUUUUGCAAUUACAAACGGCUUGAGACCGAUCAAACAAAAACGGUCGGGAUGGUCCGAGGCGAUGAAAACCAAGCGUGA